AUGAUUUACUUUGUCAUUUCAGCACAUGAUAUCGAGCAAACUGCGCCCGGCUUGGCCCGCCAAACUUAUAUGAAAGGAGCAAUAUGUAAUAAAACAUGUGAAAAUCUCGAUCCCUGCUAUAACGUUCCAAUGCCACCAGAGGAUCCGCGAUUGAAGUCCAAGCAUGCACCGAAAAUUAAAUGCAUUGAAGUGGAACGUUCGAGCGCUACGUGUGGAUCCGGUCAGACUGGGCCAAUCUACCGCCAACUAACCUAUAGAGAGCAAAUGAAUAUUUUGACGUCGUAUAUCGACGGCUCCGGGAUAUACGGUAGUUCCGAGGUGGAUGCACUUGAUUUGAGAGAUUUGUUCAGUGAUCACGGCUUACUUCGAUUCGACAUCGUUUCUGCAUCACAUAAACCGUAUCUGCCGUUUGAGCGUGAAUCGGCGAUGGAAUGUCGUCGAAAUCGUUCACAAGAGAACCCAAUCAGUUGUUUUCUGGCGGGUGACUAUCGUGCUAAUGAACAGUUGGCUCUGUUGAGUAUGCAUACGCUUUGGAUGCGAGAGCAUAAUCGCAUUGCAACCAAGUUUCUGGAAAUCAAUCCACACUGGGAUGGUGAAACAAUUUAUCAAGAAACUCGCAAAAUAAUUGGCGCUAUGCUCCAAGUGAUCACAUAUCAACAUUGGUUACCUAAAGUUCUCGGACCGGAUGGAUAUGAGCAACUUAUCGGUGCAUACAAAGGCUACGAUCCUGAAGUAAAUCCAACUCUGGCAAACAGCUUCUCAGCGGCUGCGCUGCGAUUUGGCCACACAAUAGUGAAUCCAACUUUAUAUCGAUUAGGCAAAGAUUUCCAGCCGAUAAAAGAAGGCAAUAUCCCCUUGCACGAAGCAUUCUUCGCGCCUGAACGCCUUCUCUCCGAAGGAGGCAUUGAUCCACUGUUGCGUGGUCUUUUCGGGGCACCGAUGAAAACACCCAAAGAGCAGCAACUCGUUAACAAGGAACUAACGCAUAAGUUAUUCAGUCGUGUUGAAGACUCCAUGUACGAUCUGGCGACUAUCAACAUUCAACGUGGCCGAGAUCAUGCUUUGCCUGGUUACAUCGAAUUUCGUCGUUGGUGCAAUCUGACAGUUCCUAACACUUGGGACGAUCUCGCUGUUGACAUUCCUGAUCCAAUAGUCCGUCAGAAACUUCAAGAGCUGUAUGGGCAUCCUGGUAAUGUUGACUUGUGGGUUGGUGGAAUCUCCGAGAGGAGACUGGCUGGUGCACUUGUCGGGCCGACGAUUGGCUGCAUCAUUAGUGACCAGUUCCGCAGACUCCGAACGGGCGACCGUUUUUGGUACGAAAACGAGGGCGUUUUCACACCUUUACAACUGCAACAAAUUCGUAAAACAUCAUUGGCCGCAGUUCUUUGUAAUUCAGGAGACAGCAUUGACAGAGUUCAGACAGAUGUUUUUGAGUACAAAGGCAAUCGCUCGAUGAAUUUCUACAGAAACUGUGAUCAAAUUCCACAAAUUAACCUUAAUGUUUGGCAAGCUUGUUGUGAUAAAACGUGUGCAUCGUCAUUCGCUGAUAGUCAUGUGACAAGUAGCCGAAAGCGACGAGCAAAUGCAUUAUAUAACCAGAAGUUCUGUGAAUCAGACGGAAUACUGCGUGAGAACGGAGACGUAUGGAAUACUGAUGAAUGUACAACAUGCAAAUGCGUGGUAUGA